AUGGGCAGCUCAGAGCCUUCCAACAUCCUCAUUGUGGGCGCUGGCCCCGUCGGACUCGCCUUAGCCCUAGACUUGGGUCGACGCGGCAUUCGUUCAACAAUAGUCGAGCGCAAUCCUAGUGCGGAAGAGACGCUCCAAGCCAAAGCAAGCGUUAUCGAUGAACGGACUAUGGAGUUCUGCCGGCUGCUCGGUGUUCAUGACGAUGUUGCCAAUGCAGGCUACCCUGAUGACCUUCCUGGCGAUACUGUCUUCUGCACAGCAAUGAAUGGCCACUAUAUUGGUCGUCUCGAGAUGCCCUCUGCUAAGACACGCGAAGUCCCAGAACAAUCUGCCGAGAUGCUGCGGCGUUGUCCGCAGAUGUGGUUCGAUCCAGUAUUUGCACGAGCCGUGCAUCGUCAAGGAAUGACAGAUAUUCAAUACGGCAUGGAACUCCUUGGAUGUGAUCAAAAUGAAAAUUACGUGAUCGGCCACCUUAGACGUCUCUCUGAUGGCGCCUUGGAAGAUGUGCGAGCACAGUACGUUGUCGCGUGCGAUGGUGCUGGUAGCACUUUGCGAAAACAACUCGAUAUUCCCUUCGAGGGCAAGAGCCUUGGAUAUGCGAUCAGCUCAAUUGUGCGAGUUGAUCUCUCAAAAUACCACUCCUGGAAUUCUGCAGAGCGCUUCAUGUUCAUCGGUCCUGACGGCACCUGGGGAAACUUCACGACAAUCGACGGUAGGUCACUCUGGCGGUUCUCCAUCGUCGGUGGCAAGGAAAAGGUCGAUCUUUCAACCAUUGACAUGGACGCCUUGCUGCGAAAGGCUCUUGGGGGCGAUGCACCCCAGUACGAAAUUAUCAAAACGGUCCAGUGGCGACGAAGCCAGUAUACCGCAGACACUUACAACAAAGGACGGAUCUUCCUUGCUGGAGAUGCCGCUCAUACGAUGUCACCCACUGGAGGCCACGGUCUAAAUACAGGCAUCGCAGAUGUGAUGGGCCUUAGCUGGGUAUUGCAGGCCCUAAUCGAAGGAUGGGGAGGACCCGGUCUGAUCGACGCAUACACUGCCGAACGACGACCCAUCGCCAUUCGCAAUGGAGCGGGAUCUACUCGCAACUUUGGAAUUUGGAUCGACACAAAUGGGCGCGACAAGGUCCUUGAUGAAGGACCGGAUGCGGACGAACAGAGAGAAAAUCUGGGCAAGAACAUGGCCGCCAACAUGCGCCAGGAGUUUCAGUCACUAGGCCUAGCUUUGGGGUACAGUUACCCUGAGUCGCCACUGAUUGUCCCUGAUGGCUCUCCCGCGCCAUUAGAUGACCCAGAUAUCUACAUCCAGACCGCUCGCCCCGGUCAUCGUGCCCCACAUUACUGGUUGAGCAAGGGACGCUCAACGAUCGAUCUCUUCGGGCGUGGCUUUGUCCUCCUUUGCCUUGGUGAGGAGGCCGAGAGAGAUGGUGAAAUCAUGCGAGCUGCACGGGAGCUGCGUGUACCGCUUGAUAAAGUUGUUCUCAACCAGCCUGAGGUUGGUAGGCUCUAUGAACGGCGGCUUAUUCUAGUUCGCCCAGAUGGAAUGGUUGCUUGGCGUGGAGAGGCGCUUCCUGAUGAUUCCCAGGCACUUCUUAAUCAUGUUAGAGGAGCCGGUCCCGCUGUAGCUUAG